GUAUUUGAAAUCAGCAGAUACUGAUUCGUUUCAGAAUACAGAUUGCUAUAUUUGAUACUUGAGCUUGUGUACGGCUGAAGUCGAAUAUGAAUAGACAUUGGUGCAAUAUUUGACUAGCUUCUAAUUCCCCUAUCGCUAUCAACACAAGAGUCUGUCCAAGUAGCGCUCAAAGAACGAUGAUAAUACCACUCGAACGGGUAUUCCAUGAGCGGGAGCGCAGCAACACGUGGAAAGACUACUAUAAUGAACUGAGAAAACAAGCCAUCAUCAAGACUGUAGACAAGGCCUCUAAAGUUGCGAUUGCCAAUCGAAGGUUGAAUCGCUACUCGGAUGUUCUACCAUAUGAUUCUAAUCGAAUUGUUCUCAAGUCAGGGGCCGACAGUUAUAUCAAUGCAUCGUACGUUGAAUAUGCUCGAAGUGGCCAGAGAUAUAUUAUCGCCCAGGGCCCCAUGGAUAUCACUUGUCAUCACUUCUGGCGCAUGAUCUGGCAACACAACGUGUCCAACAUAGUGAUGCUUUGCAAGGUUGUGGAGAAUCAAAAGUGUAAAUGUGCACAAUACUGGCCUGCGAGUGUUGCCAAAGACAUGAGUUUUGAUGAGUUCACGAUAUCGCUUCUGACAUGCAGUCUUUCGAGCGAAUACAACAUAUCAACAUUCAAAAUUAGCAACUCCAAGGAUAAAGAAGGAUCGGAGAGGACCAUCAACCACUUUCACUACCACGCCUGGCCAGACUUCGGCAUCCCCGAUUCGCCCGACUCCUUCCUCAAGUUCCUCUGUCUCGUCCGACAGCAGAAUGCAGUUCAUUCUCCGCCGCCUGUCAUUCACUGCUCUGCCGGUAUUGGGCGGUCAGGGGUGUAUGCAGUGUGCGACAUCAUCAUCCAGCUAUUACAGGACCUGCCAGAGGGGGAGUGGAGUUCGAUAUCCCUGGACGAGAUCUUGCUCUCCCUCCGUCUGCAGAGAGUCGGACUGAUCCAGGCACCCGACCAACUGCGAUUCACUUUCAAGAGCAUCCUGAGAGCCAAGCAGAUAAUGCUGGACAAGGAGUGGCCUUCCAAGUUCCUUCAAACACACGCAUCUGACGACGAAUUUAGUGAUUCAGACAUGCCAGCUCCUCCACCACCAUUGAAAGGCCAUGCCAAACCCCAAGUGGCUGCUAACGGCGAUGUGGCUAUGAAUGGGGAUGUCACCUCGAAAUCAGAGUUGCGACAGCGAAAGCAUCAGGAGACGGCCACCAAAGUAGCCGAUAUAAGGAAAAGGAUGAAAGCAAAUGAGAAUAGCCAGCAGUUUUGGAACAAUUACUGGCCUCACUUUAUGGGCAUUGGAGCCUUGAUGCUGGGCACUUGUGCCUAUCUGUAUUUCUCUAGAACUUCCUCUUUGAUCUAGUAUCUGGACCUUCCUCCUUUUUCUCUUUUGCAUUCAAUCACUUGAUUUUUAGAUAACAUUGAAACAUAACCAAUCGAGUGUUGAUUUGUCUCAUGAAAAUGUGCCUUGCUUUUAGUAGAAGUAGAAUUGUUUCCUGAUGAACAAUUUGUAAUGCUUUGUUCUUCUUUCAAUUUCUUCGAGCAUAUUUUGCUGACCUCAUUAUGUUGAAUAUCUCUUUCACUUCGCAUUGUAUUGAAGUUUUACAACUUAUUUUAGUAGUGUAAAUUAAUCAUAUUUCCUGUUGGUUCUGAUUUUUUCGUACCAAUAAAUGACAAUUUACUAAUUUUGCAUUCA